UUUGAUUAUCUUGAACGAUUUUUAAAUUUUAUAGAAUGAAUAUUUAGCCUUUACAUAGGUCUUUAAAGAAUAAACAUAACAAUAUAUUGUUCAUAGGAAAUGGUGCCGCUAAGACAAAGAAAUGGGUCAAAUUUUGAUGCUUUGAGAAUGAGUCAAUAUCCACUUGUUGAUGAGUCAUCUGCAGCUGUAUCCAUGCUGCCUAAUGAUGAUCGUCCAGCCAACCCAGCAGCUAACUCAACCAGUAUUCUUGAAAAGAAAACAGACUUUAACAUUCUUGAGAAACUCAAAUAUUUGAGAGAUAACAAGAAGUAUUGUGAUGUCAUUCUUGAAGUUAGAGGAGUCCAGUUUGUCGCACACAAAAAUGUACUUGCCUCAUGGAGUCCAGUUUUGGGAUCAAAAUUGUACAGUGAUGAUCCAAAAGUUUAUAAAGAUCACAUUGUUGUUUUCUAUGACAAUAGUGAGGUUUUCUCAGAUCUGCUUGACUUCAUGUACAAUGGUUAUGUUGCUCCAAGAGAAACAAAUUUUCUGCAACUUCUACACUUGGCAGUAAGUUUUCAAAUUGAAACUUUGAAAAAUUACUGCGAAGAGUUCUUGAGAUGUAACCUUCACUUAGGAAAUUUUGUCAGUACAUACUUUCUAAGCAGAAAGUUUAAACUGGAGACUUUAGAAGAAUACAUUGUUGGCUUCUUACAGCUGAACCUGUCCGAUGCAGUGAAACAAGGAGAGUUUCUGUCUUUGAAAGCAGAAAAGUUCAACACUUUUUUAUCAGAAGGUUGGAUGAAAAAAAUCAAGCCUGAGAUAAAGCUGUUUCUGAUUAUAAGUUGGGUAGGGUAUGAUGUACAGGAACGUGAGAAAUACCUUGUUGUUCUUCUUGGCCACAUCGAUUGGUCAACUGUUGCAAAUGACUUUCUCCUGGAGAUUAAUAGAACAGAGAAUUUCUUCACUACUCAUGAAUCUAGUCUUUACUUACUUCUACAAACUUUGUUUAGUGCUGGAAUCCCACUUGGUCCAUAUAAGGAAGUUUUUCCACAGCUGAGACAAAACCAUUCAGCCAUUUUGAAGGAAGUUGUUCAUACAAAUCUGUUAAAAAUUGAGACUGAACAGUUCAACCCAGUAACAAUAUCAGUAAAAUUUAGGCCAUUCAUGAAAGACUCUACAGUAAAUACUGACAAUUCGCAACUUCCUUGCAAUUUGAAAGAAACUGCAAUCAAUACAGAUGUAAAUAGUCUUCAUUUUCAAGAAUCUGAAAAAGAAAUUGUACCAGCUGUAGAACAGUCCACGCUUAUUGAAGAACAAACUUUUGUUAACGAAACUAGCAAGUAUGAGCAGUUUGAAACAUUAGGCGAUUUUAUUGAAGCAGAGAUUCAUGAAAUGAACCAAAAAGAAAAAGAAAGAAUGAUUUUGAAAGAGCACCAGGAAGAAGCAUCUGAAACACUUAUAGAUCUGAAAGAAGAAAAGGCUCCUGCAAAGAAACUUGAAAAGAAAACAGCCAGACGCUCAAAUCGUCAGCUGAGUAGAAAGAAAGCUUCUGAAGCCUAUAAGGACUUUAAUGAUGAGAAUGACUUACAGAAUGUAGCUGUUAAAACAGCUGAUAAAGAGGUUUAUGUAGCAGUUAUUAGUGCAGAAACAGUUAUAAACAAGGUAGAGCCAGAAGAAGUGGAAGAUGAAAGUAAGGAAAAAGAGAAUUAUGAAGAUUUAAGUACUGAGGAAUCAGAGGAAAGUCUAAGUGGUGAUGAAGAUGCUGAAGGUAAUAAUAAAGUAGAAAGGAGUAUAGUGAAGGGGAGACAAUCUGGGAGGAGUAUACGGAAGGGAAGAAAAAGAAGAGAAUCAGAUCCUAAUGUUAAAAUCAUUGUAUGCAAGUAUAACAACUGUGCUUACAUGACAAAAUUCACAACAAGAAUGGAGAAGCAUAUAAAAACAGCCCAUGAGGCAUCAUUUGAUCUAAGGUGUAAUCUCUGCCAGUUUGAAACUAAAGAAGUAAGGAAAUAUAACAAGCACAUGAAGGAUCAUUUUAUUGGACCGCCUUUCACCUGUGAUUAUCCUCGAUGUACCUACAGUUCGGACAAGAUUCAGCCAAUGUUAACACACCGAGCAAUUCAUUCAGACGAGAGGCCAUUCACCUGUCACUGUGGAAUGAGAUUUAGGACAAACAACACACUUAUUGCCCAUAAAAAGGUUCAUUUAGGAAAGAAAGAUUACACAUGUCCAGAAUGUGGUGUAUCAUUUGCAACAAGGAAUACUUUAAGUCAGCACAGUGUCAAACACAGUGAUAUGAGACCCUAUCUGUGUGACUUAUGUGGAUUUUCUACCAAGUUUCAAUCACAUCUGAUAGCUCAUAAAAGGAUACAUACAGGUGAAGUGUUCAAGUGUCAGUUCCCAAAUUGUAGCUACUCUACUCCGAAAAGAAGUCAACUGAAAGCACAUAUGAGAGCUCACCUUGGUAUACGAGCCCAUGUUUGUGAGGUAUGUGGUAAAACAUUUAUAGAACGAAGUCACUUGAAGCGCCAUGAGAAACUUCACACUGAUAAUAGACUACAGUGCGAGAAAUGUGAAUACACAACAACAAGGAAAGAUAAACUAAAAGACCACAUGAAACGUCACCAUAGUGGAGCAGCUAUUGUUCGGACACCUAAGAAAGCUAAAAUGAUAACAACAAGUAAAAUAAAGAAGUCUGAGGCAAUAGAGGAAAACAGUAUUAUAAAACAAGAUGAAGAAAUGGAAGUAAAUACACCUCUGAUGGUGAAAUGGGAUCAUGGGAGUUAUUCUUUAGCUCAAGAUUCCCAGGAUUCAUCUGUACAAGAUGGGGAUGCCGGACCUCUGUUGAAUACAGACGGUGAAUAUUGCGUACUGAGAGAACAGUUAGGGACCGGAGAACCUAUCCAACAGAUACUAACACUCGAUCAAAUCAACGCCUCCAUCAGUGCAGCAAAAGCAUUGGGGUCUUCUAAUAUAGUGGGGCAAGCGACAAGUCCAAUAGUUAACAGUGAGGCGGGACUGCAGAAUCAAUCUGUGACUGUUAUAUCAUCAAACGUUCCAUGCCUCAACCUUGUGUCAAAUACAGAUCAUAUUGAUCCAGUUGUAAAUGGUGCUAUAGUGUCGUCUGGUACGGAAGCUACAGAUCAAAAUGGUCAGACUUAUACAAUUAUACAAACAUCAGCUGCCACGGCAAAUCAGCAAGAAUACGGAGGUCUUGGUGCAUUCAUGGCUUUGUUCUAAACCAGAAAUUUGAAAGUAUUAAAUUAUUUCUACGUGAUUUUGAAAUUGUCAUUUUCAUCAUCUACAUUGACAAUCAUACUGUUGAACAGUCAUUUAGAGCUAGGCUGAUUAUUGAAUCUCAUUUUUUCAGGUUCAUACAGCUUAUUUAAUUGUUUGUUGUAUAUAUUUGUCCUUCAUAUUGAUCUAAAAAUGAGUUGAAAUAAUUAUUGUAAGAAUAAAAUCCUAUCUGACUUGUGACAGAUUUUGUUCAAAUCAGUUUUUUUAAGGUGUACAAAUUUAUACAAUAAUUAAGAUGCUUUAGAAAGUGAUGUACACAUUUUCUAUGUGUGGUUAAAAACCAAAAUCCAUGAUUUACUUGAAUUGAGUAAUUUUGUUUAUGUUUAUACAUGUAUAAUAUGACUAAUAGUAUGUGAUAAUAGAAUUUUUCUCUCAAUCAAUUCAAUGAUUUAAAUUUUAAGUUGUUUUAUAUGUUUUUAAUUAUAUAAAAAAAAAACAAAUCCAGCAUAUGCAACUGGUAGUCUUUUAUCUAUUCCUUUACAAUUUGGUUUCCACUGUUUAGUUUUAACCAUUUGAAGGAAAUUUAAACUACAUGUACUUAGCAGAAAUAUUAUCCAUAAUGAGAUAAUGUGCAGAGCACAGGUUUUGGCACUCGAGUCAAGUUCACACUAAAUACAAAUGUAGUAAUGUAUGAAUUUCAAAUUUCCUGUCUACUCUUUUGGAACCUAUGGAGAAGGAAAACAAAAUUAUUUGGCCGAAAUAUUAAUAGCACUAAGACAAUCUGCAGGAUUGCUUGGAUCAAAGUCAAGGUCACACUCAAACUUCUUACAUAAGUUUAUAUGUAUGAAAGGGCCUAUUAUUUGAAAUAGUAUGUUUAACUACCUUCAAACUUUACAGUUUUGAAUUCUUUCUGUUAAGAUUGAUAUCAUUAAAGGUAUUAUUAUUAUGCUCAAAUUUGUUAUCUGAAAAAACUGAUUAAUGCUAUACAGUCUCUUUUUAAAUGUAAAAUAAACAUCUUCUGUAUACGCAAGAUAUACUAAGUUUUAAUAUUUGUGCUAAGAAGUACUGUUAUAAUAUUAUUUAUACAAAAAACAAACAUUAUUGUAAAAAUUUACCUCUUUCUUACACAAACAUUUGUAUCUCUAAUAGUUGUUUUGUGGUAAGAGCUUAGUUACUUUGACUGUUUCUUAUAGAUUGGUGAUCAUGAAAUAAUCAUACAUUUAAGGUUAAUAAGGCCCCUGCCCUGUGUUUCACUUAUUAUCAUAAUGAUCAAUAGGAACGUUCCGGCUAUUAUCUAUAAUAACCUUGGAAACAAUACGAAUUGAAAGUUAGAACUACUUCUACCACAUGGUUUUAUAUGUAAACAGAAACAGAGUUUGCAAUGUAAAUCAAAUGUAUAUAUUUGACAUCCAAAUGAAAGAAGGUAUGUUUCGGUACAAUUAUGAUUGAAAAUAUGUCUUACAACAUUUUUUAAUUAAAAAAUGCCCAGUGAUGUACAACUUUAAACAAAUGCGACUGAAUGUCAACAGUUUUGCAUUUUGUACUUCUGGUUCCUACAACCAUAAUAAUGAAUAUAUAAAUAAUAUAUGGUUUGCUUUUGUAUGUAUGAAUUCACUUAUUUUAGGUGGACUUUGACUUGAUAUAUUGGAAAUAAACUUGUCAACAACUCCCAGCAAUAAAUUACUAUUUGUUUAGAUGUUAAGUUUCUUAGCUUAGGUUAGACCGAAAUACCGUAUUCAUUCUGUGUAUUCAUACUAUUGUGUUUGAGGCCCUUAUCCGAAAACUGACGGAAAGGGCCGAAAAGUUCGAUUGUCAUAAUGAAAAUAAAUGUUAAACAUGUUAAAGACAAGUUUAAUGAAGGAGUCUCUUCUCAAAUUGAAAAAUUUAUUUUUUAAACAAAUUCAAAUUCGGACGUAUAUAGCUGUGUGGUUGAAGUGCUUUUGUUUGAUCAAUGGUAUUAUUUUGAAAACUUCAAUGUAAAUUGACACAAUAUUUUUAAAUGCAGUUACCACACCUUAAUUACACCAUGUUAUCUCUUGUAUAAUUAUGCAGUGAUGUUUGUAAUCUUGAAUUUUAGAUGAAUUAAAAACUAAGAUAUA